UCUCUGCGCGGUUUCAACAUUUGAUCCCGGGAGAACCUGGAGCUCGCGCAUUCCAAACAUUCCAGGCUCAGUGAACAAUCAGGCCUCAGUUAUUUAUUAGCUCACUGCGCUCGCAGCGGAGUUCAGUCUACAGCAAGCACACACUCCGGACACAUCCACAAGCGCGAACAGUGGAUCUUGUACAGGGUUUCGAAUGAAAGAUUGAGGAUUCACUUUACGGAAAUAAAUACACGCAGUAAACACAUCCACAACCUCUUACUGUGAUGAGACUUUGAGUUUGUUCCCCCAUCAGACGAGCAUCCCCCUUUCCCCCUCCACCCAGUGUGAAUAACUCAUCGCUCCCUUUCGCUUCGACGACACCUGAGAAUGAGAACGGCGGAGGAAUCGUCCGGCACGGUUCUGCACCGGCUCAUCCAGGAGCAGCUGCGCUUCGGAAACCCCACGGACGCCCGCACCCUGCUGGCCAUCCAGCAGCAGGCCCUGCGCGGCGGGGGCAGCGGCGGGGGCUCAGGCAGUCCUCGCUCCUCCCUGGAGAGCCUCACCCAGGAGGAGUCCCAGUUCCUCCAGCUCUCUGCCCGACAGGAACCCCAGGGCCAGGAGCACCAGGGGGACUACCAGCACUCUGAGAGCUACCAGCUCUACCAGCUCCACGGAGAGGAGUUGCCCACCUACGAAGAGGCCAAGGCCCACUCCCAGUACCUGGCCUCCCAAAGAGGGCAGAUGGGGCUGGCUCCCUACACCCUGCCCGAGGCCACGGUCAUGGAAGCGAUGGACCUCCAGGACGAGGCCUUGCGGGACCUGAAACGGGGCCACGUGCGCUCGCUCAGCGAGAGGCUAAUGCAGCUGUCCCUGGAGCGGAACGGGACCAGGGCUGGCAUGGCCUUGAGCUCCUCGCACAGCUACCCACAGCUCUCCAGCUACCACAAUCACCACGAGUUGCACCCCAGUCAGGGCUCCCAGUACACCCCCGACCAACGCGGCCCCCCACCAGAGUACCCUUUCUCUGUCAAGGGCCCUGAAUACAUGCUUUGCCAUUCCCAGGAGCAUGGACAGUGCUACAGUGAACAACCACCACCACCAUUCCAUUCCCAACAUAACAGGUAUGUGCAGGCUCAGCCACCGGUGGCUCGCCAGAGUGCACUGCCCACACUGACCUCUGCUGGCGUGGAGGCCUUCAUGGCAGCCCAUGCUGUCUCUAGCAGCAACCAGAUGGCUCAGAUGGAGGCACUUAUGAAGGAGAAUGAGAGGCUGAGGAGGGAACUGGAGGGCUACAGCGAGAAGGCCAUGAGAAUCCAGAAGCUGGAGCUGGAGAUCCAGAGGAUAUCCGAGGCCUACGAGACACUCAUGAAGGGUUGCACCAAGCGGGAGACCCUGGAGAAAACCAUGAGAAACAAGCUGGAGGCUGAGAUUAAGAGGCUACACGACUUCAACCGAGACCUGAGAGACCGCCUGGAAACGGCGAGCCAGCAAGCUGCUAAAGAAGUUGAAGCUGCUGACCAAAACCAGCAUGUCUUGGCCAAGCUCACUGAGCAAAACGAGGAGCAGCGGCUGGAGAGGGAGCGCCUGGAGCGGGAGGUCCUACGGCUGCGGGCCUCCGGCGAGGAGCAGCGGCGGCGGGCUGAGGGGCUGGAGCGGGCGCUGAGCUCGGCCCAGUCGCACGGACGGCAGCUGGAGGAGGAGCUGAGGCGGAAGCGGGCGUACGUGGAGAAGGUGGAGCGGCUGCAGCACGCGCUGGGCCAGCUGCAGGCAGCCUGCGAGAAGAGGGAGACGCUGGAGCAGAGGCUGCGUCUGCGGCUGGAGCAGGAGCUCAGGACGCUUCGCGCGCAGCAGAGGCAGGCGCACAGCAUGGGUUCGGCCACGCCCAGCGAGCUGAGCAGCGCCUCCUUGCAGGAGAGCCUGCGGGAGAAAGAGGAGCGCAUUCUGGCCCUGGAGGCUGAUAUGACCAGGUGGGAGCAGAAGUAUCUGGAGGAGAGCACAAUGCGCCAGUUCGCCAUGGACGCAGCUGCUACUGCAGCAGCCCAGAGGGACACCACCAUCAUCAACCACUCACCCCGUCACUCCCCCAAAAAUAGCUUCAAUGAGGAUUUACCAACAGCCAAUCAGAGAAAUCAGGAGAUGGAGAACAGGAUCCGGGCGCUGUACGCGCAGAUCCUGGAGAAGGACGCGAUGAUCAACGUGCUGCAUCAGCGUUCCCGCCGCGACCAGGCCAGGGUCGAUCAGCCGGGCCUACGCCCCGCCAAGUCCGUGCCCUCCAUCAGCUGCCUGGCCGACCCCAUGGACCGACCGAAAGGGAAGAGCCUCUCGGAUGACCAGACAGCUGUCGCGUCUUCCUGCCUCCUGUCUGGCUCCCCCAAGCCCUCGAACCGCGACUGCGGCACCCAGGUCGACCUCCUCCCGCAGGAGUCUCCGGUUACGGCCCAGCCUGCCGGCGCCCUGGUCUCCGGAGGAGCUCCCAGUCCCGAUAAUACAAAGCAGAAGCAACUCCCUAUCAAUGUGUACAAAGGCCUCAACAGCUUGGAGGCCGGGGCCGUGGAAAUAUUUAUCUGAAGAAUCACGGGAGAUUCGUCGAAGACAAAAACUUGCAACAGCUGCGACGAGGCAGAAAGUGACGUAUACCCUCCUGUGGUUUCACGGAAAGAAGAUGCUUCGGCCUCACGGAGGCUGUGAAGAGAGAAAAGGGUCUUCGGAGACCGGCUGGCUCCUCCCGAGUGUGGAAAGCCACUUUGAGGCGGGAAAGUACAUGCCUGUUUCUGGACGGAAAGGACCGGACUGUAGUGCCGCACGAAAAAGAAAGCUGAGCUUUCCUUCAGUGCACCUCUACUCUAAAAGGGCUUGCGUUGGUUCUGCUGUUAUAUUAAUCUGCCUGGUGCAAGAAAUGGCGUGAAUCCUUUGAGGUACAUGGACAGUGUUUCACCUGCCAAGGGCAGCUGAUGGACUCAGAGACUGUGUACAUAGAAACCCUUUUCUGUAAUAGCUGCUGCUUCUCAUGUCCUUGUGUGAAAAGUGCUGUCGUUGCAGCACUUAGUUCUUGCCUUCAAGAUGGAAAAGAAUCCUGAAUGUAUUAUUAUUAUUAUUAUUAUUAUAAUUAUUUUUGUAUUAUUAUUAAUGCAUUGACUUACCAUCCUCUUAAUAUAUUUGCGUGAUUAUGUAUGUUUCCCUUGUAUGAUGAGGUGUCGAGCUAUAGUGUUCUCAUAUCUGUUUAGUAAGAAAAGCAUACUGUGUUUACAGUGUCUCAUGUGACAAAAAUGCCUGAUGUCUCCCAUGGCGACCGGGCCUUUGGUUGUUCCCUCUGCCUGCUGGCCUCCCUCAUGCAGCGUGGCGCAUUAAGCUGAUAGGACUCCUUGCGCAACGCAUUCCCCCCUGCCCCAAAGCAGCCGAGUGCUGCGUAGCAACUAUUGCCCCUGCGCAGCAGUAAUUCCACACUGCCCAGCAACAGUUCCACAUAGCGACUGCGGUUCUUGGCGAACAUCAAUAAACAGCGGACCGCGAUUAGCUGGCCUAAAUUUACACUGCGGCCGGUUAGUCCGUCUUAAUGCCCGACGAAGCUCAUUGUGAACCGUACAAUGAAAGUGGGGAACCUCACUUUAAGAGCUGAGAAGAGACGGCAGCCUGCUCUGUUUAAUGUUGUAAGAGACACUUAGGAUUUCGCUCUCAGAGACGAGUGGCCUCUUUCGCAAGACCCCAUUUUUCGAAUGCCUCUGAAGAGCAGGUUAUCGUUUUGGACCAAGGACGGCUACCGCCCGAUUGCCUCUCCGUAAUCUUCCCACAUUCCUCCCCAUUGGAGUGGCUCUGCUGGGAGAGCACAGCUAUCUGUAUUUACACACUUUUAAGAUGGCAAGCAUUCUGUUCAUUUCCUUGGUCUGUUUAUUUCCUCGUAGCCAAUGUAGCUGGUUCUGUUCAUUGUUUUUGAUCAAAAUUGACAAGCAGUUAUAUUCAGCACCUUGGACGUAACUUGCCUUAUCUGGUCCUUGAUUGUCAGUUUAUUUUCUGACAUCCAUGUUCUCACUGUUUUAACGCAGCAAAACAGAACCCAACAGCUGUGAGCUAAUAAAACCACAGUGUGGAAUUCUAUUCACCUUAAAUGGAGAACUAUUGGAAGUCUCUAUUGAUGUGUCUGUCCUUUGUGUUCUCAUCAAUAGGUUGUCUGAAAGAAAUGGUGUGUCUGGACUGGCUGUUGUGAGCUUGAGGGGAGUGAAGAUUGAUUGUAUUGUUUCAGAAAUGUAUAAUCCCUUACUUUCUCCAAAUGCUACUCUUUUAUUUUGGUAUUUUCUACUGUGACGCUUCUGCUGGCCAGAGCGACACAAGGAGAAUUCAUUUGCUAACCCUUUUGUCAUUUGAGCUCUGUUUACAGAAAGUUUUGAAAUGGAAAACUUAAUAUAUUUUGUAUAAAUAUUUGUAUUCUUUAAUAAGCAUUUAGUGCCAUGAACAUAAUGCCAAAGAUUUGCAUUACAAUUAAGUUAUAACAGUGUAAAAGAAACCCCAACAGGGCUAUGUUUAGCUACCCUGUUCAAGUUUGUUGACCCAUACUUUGAUGUUUCUGUGAACCUCUAAAGUGUGGGAAUUUUGUAUUGAAAUGCCAGAAACAUUUCAGUAAUACAAUAAAAACCUUAAUAUAUAUGAAA